GGGUCUAAAAGUCCAAGUCAAAAAGACGAAAGACAGGGCAUGUUCCCGGAAACCAGAUAACGCACAGAAGAAAAAGGCGGGCCAUCUUCCCGGAAAAGAGAUGAAAAAGACUUAGAUAUUGUGGAAUAUAAUUCAAUUACUCAAUUAGCUGAUGUUUUAGUUUAGCCUUCCUUGUUUAUGCGAAGUACCUCUCAUCACUUGCAGCAGUUAAUGGCUUCCUCUUCCUCUUCUUCUUCUUCCAUUACUCCUGAACUAGAGCAUGAGGUUUUCCUUAGUUUCCGCGGUGAGGACACCCGACAAAACUUUACCAGCCAUCUAUAUGAAGCCCUUCGUCGGAAAAAUAUUAAAACUUUCAUUGAUGAUAAGCUUAAUAGAGGAGAAGAAAUUUCUUCCUCUCUUUUGAAGACAAUUGAACAUUCAAAGAUCUCGGUUAUCAUUUUCUCUAAAAACUACGCUUCCUCUAGAUGGUGUCUCCAAGAACUUGAAGAGAUUCUUAAAUGUAAGAAAGCGUAUGAUCAGAUCGUAAUGCCAGUCUUCUAUGACGUGGAUCCAUCUGAUGUCAGGAAUCAAACUGGGGAUUUUGAGAAAGCAUUUGCUGAGCUUGAAAAACAUGUUAUGGUUGAUUCAGAGAUGUUGACGAGAUGGAGGACUGCUUUGAGGGAUGCAGCCAACCAAUCUGGUUAUGAUUUAAAGAACUAUAGGAAAGAGGCAAAGCUGGUAAAGGAUAUUGUCAAUGGUGUAUGGAAGAAAUUGAAUUACAACUCCCCAAUUAUUUCUUCUAAGAAAUUGGUUGGACUAGAGUCAUCAAUCGAAGAGAUUGAAAAUUUAUUAUGUUCAAAGAGCAUUUGGAAGCUAGGAAUUUGGGGCAUGGGGGGCAUAGGAAAAACUACUCUUGCAGGUACUAUAUUUAACAAAAUCUCUAAACAGUUUAAAGAAUCUUACUUUAUUGAGAAAAUUGGAGAAAAAUCAGAAAAAAGUGGGGGAUUAGAUUAUUUGUGCCAAAAACUAAGAUCUGCAGUUCUAGGAGAUGAACAUCCCAAUCAUGAAUUCACCUUCACAAGAAGAAGUCUUAUUAGCAGAAAAAAAGUUCUCAUUGUGUUUGAUGAUGUAACGAAUUUAAAUCAAAUGCAAUGUUUAAUGGCAGUUUUUGAUGACUUGGAUUCAUACAGUCGAAUCAUUAUAACAACAAGAGAUGAAAAUGUGCUAAUAAAUUGUAAGGUGGAUUACAUUCAUGAGAUGACAAUGUUAUCUCCUGAUAAUGCUUUUCAACUUUUUGCCCUACAUGCUUUUAAAGGAAACUCUCCAACAGAAGAUUACAUCCACCUAUCAUCUAAAGUAGUAGGUUAUGCUGAAGGUCUUCCACUAGCUCUUGAAGUAUUAGGUUCCUUUCUAUUUAAGAGAACGAAGAGAGAAUGGGAAAGUGCACUAGAAAACUUGAGAACAAGUCUUGAUGCGAAUGUCCAAAAGGUAUUAAAAAUAAGUUUCGAAGGAUUAGAUGACAAACAAAAGUGUGUAUUUUUGGAUAUUGUAUGUUUCUUUAAAGGGUAUAAAAGAGAUUUUGUAGAAGCAAUCUUGAAAGCUCGUAACUUAGACCCUCAUAUUUGUAUAAAUGUUCUCAUUGAAAGGUGUCUCAUAACUACAUCAUCUGAUAUCAUAACAAUGCAUGAUUUACUUGAACAAAUGGGUAGAGAAAUUGUUCAACAAGAGUCAAUUGAUAAUCCUGGCGAACGUAGUCGGUUGUGGGAUCAUGAGGAUAUAUUUUCAGUAUUGAAGAAUAAUACGGGAACUAGAGCAAUUCGAAGCAUAUGCUUGGAUAUGUCUAAAGUAGAAGAGUUGCAUUUAAAUCCUGAAGCUUUUAACAAAAUGCCAAACCUACGAUUCUUGAAAUUUUAUGGGUCUGAACGUGGAAAGAAGGUGCUUGAAUCUGAUUCCUCUGUAUUUCGCCGUAUCUUGAGAUGGUUGAAAAGAGAAAACUCCAAUGAUGGAAAGGUGCAUGGUUUUGAGAAACUUAAGUUUGAUUUCUAUGAGAUAAGACACUUUUGCUUUCAUGGAUAUCCUGCCAAAUCAUUGCCGCCAAAUUUUAAUCCAAAGAACCUUGUUGCACUUUGCAUGCCUAAUAGCAAAAUUAAAAAACUGUGGACUGGUAACCAGGUUCUUGUUAAUUUGAAAUAUAUUGAUCUCAGUCACUCUAAGCAUCUAUGCAGAAUACCAGAUUUGUCACUUAUGCCAAAUCUUGAGAGCUUGAAUCUUGAAGAUUGUACAAAUUUGCUUGAGAGUUUCUCAUGUAUCCAUAAUCUCCAUAAACUUGUUAUCUUGAAUCUACGAGGAUGCAGAAGCUUUAAUAAUCUUCCAAUUAGUGAUAGUUGUCAAUCUCUUCGAAAAGUUUAUCUCUCUGGUUGCUCAAAUCUCGAAAAAGUUCCAAAUCUCCCUAAUACAGUUGAAAAGUUAUAUCUAGAUGAAACUGCCAUUAAAGAACUUCCAUCAAUAGGGCAUUUAUUUAGACUAGUAAAAUUAAGUCUUAGAAAAUGUUCAAGGCUUGAGAGAUUACCAAAUAGUAUUUGUGAGUUGAAAUCCCUUAAAUAUCUUUGUCUCUCGGGUUGUUCCAAUCUUGAUAGAUUGCCUAAUGACAUGGGAAAUUUACAAACUCUGGAGGAACUGAUACUGGAGGGAAUUUCUUUUGCAGAAAUAGCAACAUUUAUGGCAAGUUUGACCAACCUGAAGACAUUAUCUUUGACAAGAUGUAAGAUGCAAAAGCAAUUGGGUAUCCCACUCGUCGAUUUAUCUGUCUUCCAAAGAAUCGAAGAGCUAUGCCUGAUUGAUUGUGGCAUCGAAGUGUUACCCAACACUAUUGGCGAAUUACUCUCACUAGGAAGUUUAGAUCUUGACCAAAACAAUUUGGAGACGCUACCAGAGAGCAUCAAAGACCUGUCUAACCUGGAAGGGCUUUCUUUAAGUAAUUGUCAGAGGCUUAAAUACUUACCGGAGCUUCCAAGCAGUCUAGUGCAAAUUAUAGCAGUGAAUUGUGUUUCUCUUGAAUCAGUAUCAAGUUUAUUCCUACGUAUGGAUUCUGUUUUUGACAUAAUCGACUUCUCUAAUUGUUUAAAAUUAAAAUUAGAGAUGACAGAUGCUCUCUUCUUGAAUAUUGAGAGCAGUGUAGCAGACGAUCACCGUCAAAUGCAAAAUAUCAGUCGUUCUUGGGGGUCGGCGGACAUUUUUUACUCUGGAUGUGAAAUUCCAAAGUGGUUUGACUUAAAAGGUAAUGGAUCUUUUAUAAAGUUCCCAGAAGGUUGGAUUAAUGAUAACUUAUUUGGUUUCGCUUUAUGUGCUGUUAUAUCAUCACAAGACUCUCAAAAACUUAGAAAUUUGCUUGUUGGAUUUCGCCUGAUUAUUAAUGGAGAGAUUAUUUCCAAUGGUGAGUUAACGGACUCAUUAAACUUUAGGCCUGGGACUCUUGAAGGUGAGAACAUUAUUGAAUCAGAUCAUAUAUUCAUAGCUUAUAGUUACAUUAAGAUGCCUGGGAAAUUUCCUCCACUCAAUUUGAAUAGCCAGGGUGCUGUUGAGUUCUUCAUUGAACAUGCAACUAAGAAUGGUAAAAGCCCAGUGAAAAAAUGUGGAGUGACUUUAUUGUAUCACAAAAAUGAUGAUUGGAGAAAAGAUCCAAGAGUGGACAAAAAUGAUGAAAGACCUCAUAAGCGAUUGAAACUUGAAGGUUGAAAUGUUGUUAUAGAAAAGGUAAUGUAAGUACAAAAUCCCUGAGCUUAUAAUAUUAGAUCAAAACAUAUUGAUAAGAUCCCCUUUAUGUCCCCAUGUCCCUUUCUCACAUGGUAAAGGGAUGGCUGAUGGUUGUGCAAAUUUACUAAAGCAGGUGCUGCUUCCAGAGGAAAUUUACUCCAUUUCUAAGGCCUCUUGUUUGCCUACUCUUCACGAUAUGCCUAAACUUGGUAGUUUUUCCUAUGGUGUUCUUUAUAGAUGACGUGGCUUACUGCAUGGUAGUUUAAUAGUUUCAAGAUUUGGUUCUCUAGGCUAUGAAAGGGUAUUGGAUGCUCUUCGAUACUGCUGGUUUGUUAAGUCCUCGGUUAACAGCAGGAAACAAAUUGAUGCCGUACAUUUCAUUCAUGCCUUCCAUCUUACUGAAAGCUUUCCCCCUGUUCACUUCUUGAAGACAUACUUAAAGAAUUGAAGGAGUAACUCACAGGGAAAGGGUGUGAGUUCGGGUGGAGAUACUAGUGCACCGGUUAAUUUUCAUACUAAAGCAUAAUGAGAACUUGCUGCCUUUAAAGCUGUAGUUAGUUGUGUCCAAGAGUACAGGCUUGAACCUGACAAUCCUCUCGAUCCACUUCAGAAAAGGAUUGAACAACUGGAGAGGUCGAAAUCUGAUAAGAAAAGGGGUGGAGAUUUUGGUAGACGUCAACACUCCAAGAAACAAAGACCAAACUGAGGAUAUGGUGGAUUUCUUUCUCACAGUGGCAAGGCAGCUCCCGGUAGGCUUGUUCCGCCUGUUUUCUGAUGUGUCGUGCACUUGUGAGCAAGACACAACAUUUUCUUUGACAGGGCAGCAUAUGGAGGAAUGCCUGAGAGAUAUCCUCUGGCUGGUCCAAACUCUUACGAUUAUCAAGUUCAUAGCCAGCCUGUUUUUGCUCAGCAACCAAAUGAUCAAAGAAUAUGCUUUUAUCCCCAAGAUUUAGUUAUCAAAUGCAAGAUUUGUGUGCAACCGUAGUGAAUGUGCAGAGAAUUUAUUUGUGAGUGAAUCACAUUUUCCCCCCCAAGUUUGGCUGUAAAACACUUCUUCAUCUCUAAUUGACAUAGAUAACAUUUCUUCAUCCAAAAUCAUAGACAUAAAUAAUAUUUUCUUAUCCAAAAUUAAACCA